AUGCCAUUCGGUACACUAUUCACGUAUACUCCCAAUGCGCGGGCUCUUAAGAUACUGGCAGCUGCCCAGGUAAACCGGUUACAAAUCAGCGUUCUACGGGAGUUUCAAAUGGGCGUCACGAAUCAAUCCCCCGAGUUCCUUGCCAAAUUUCCCUUCGGCAAAGUUCCAGCAUUUGAAGGAUCAGACGGUACUCUGAUUUUUGAAUCUGACGCAAUUGCACAGUAUGUGGCUGAGAGUGGCCCUUUCUGUGACAAGCUCCUAGGUAAAGAUGGCCUUGAGAAGGCCACUAUCCGGCAGUGGAUUUUAUUUUCAGAUCAUGAAAUCAUGAGUCCAGUUAUGGAAUUGGUAAUGUGGAGAGUUGGAAUGGUGCCAUUCAAUGCAUCUGUUGAGGAGAAGGCCAUGGCAACUCUUCGCCGAGGGUUGGGCUGCUUGGAAUGUUACUUGGUUGGGCGGGAGUGGUUGGCUACUGAGGAUGAGCCAAGCUUGGCAGAUUUCACUUUAGCUGGUGCAUGCUACUGGGGCUUUAUGCAGGUCAUUGAUUCAAAGAUGCGUGAUGAGUUUCCGAUUGUUACCCGAUUUUAUCAACGGGUUAUUGCAUGGGAGGAUGUGAAGUCAGUCUUCCAGGAAGCUACUUUCAUUGAAGAGCGGAUUGACCAUUGA